AUGUCUUCUGUGCCAUUAGCACCUUGUGUUCGUCAGUCUUACGGUCAUCUAUCAUUGGCUGACCCUUCAUUUGAUGUUCCCUCAUCUAUAUAUAUAUGCUCAUUGGUGGAGGCUGGAAAAUAUUUCAUCCCGCACCAUGCUGUCGUGAAACGUGACGGUUACAAGAUCGAAAAGUUGCAUGUUGUGUUCCAUGCAUCUGCUUCUACAUCGCCGGGUUUAUCGCUAAAUGACGCCCUUAUAGCUGGUCCCAAGUUGCAGAUUGAUAUUUUUGAUAUUCUUGUAAGGAGUAGGCUAAAACGUUACCUCUUAACCGCAGACAUAACUAAAAUGUAUCGACAAAUUUUUUUAAAACCCAAUGAUUGUGCGUACCAACAUAUAUUAUGGCGUGAAUCUUCUGAGGAAGAAGUGAUCGAAUAUGAAUUUCGUACUGCCACUUAUGGCGUUACUUCUGCUCCAUAUUUGGCUAUCCGAUGUUUGCAUAAACUAGAUGCUCAGGCUGGUUCAAAAUUCCCAGCCGCGAAAAAUAUUCUCACUCGCAAAACAUGCACUUUAAAAAAGUGGACAAGCAACUGCCCGGUUAUCUUGAAGAACGUCGACACUAAUGAUCAAGCAAAAUUAUUGUCAUUGGAUCCCAAAGGUGAGGCCUCUGUGAAGUUUUUAGGCCUUCAUUGGGACCCAUCAUCAGAUCAUUUUACUUACCACACAUGUCUUCGCCCGGGUCAAUAUACCAAACGAAAAGUGCUUUCAAUUACCGCUAGACUAUUUGAUCCAUUUGGUUUUUUAGGACCCACACUGUUAUGGGCCAAGAUUUUUAUGCAAGAAUUAUGGAAACUGGGUCUGCAUUGGGAUACUCCACUUCCAACACAUCUUCACUGUAGUUGGUAUCAAUUUGUAAGAGAACUACCAGCACUCGAUUCAAUUAUUCUUCCUCGACAUAUUGAUAUCCGUUCGCAUACGGAAAUUCAACUAAUAGGAUUCUCUGAUGCAUCAUCAAAUGGUUAUGCUGCUAAUGUAUACUUACGAGUAAUAAGCACUUUAAAUUCUAUCAACGUUUAUUUUGUUACUUGCAAGACAAAGGUCGCAUCAUUAAAGGCUGCUGACCUGCAUGCAUCACUAUCCAUACCACGACUGGAACUUUGUAGAGCAUUAUUAUUAGCUUAA